UUUUAGAACCCUCACGGUCUCCACAAAACCACCCCCAAGAAUUUAAGGACCCAAAUUUCUACUCAACAACAAAAACCCAUCUCUUUCUUCCUUGUCUUCUCCAUUACUCCCACUUCCUACUUUUGAUUCUCCUACUCAACACUUCGCCAUCUUCCUUAUCUUAUCUCGUUUCUUACAUCUUCAGGACUCCACACUCAUUCAAUUCUUUACUCAAAAUCCAUUGAAUGGCUGAUCUCAUCCAUUUUUAUUUGUCCUCACAUCACCUUCUUCUUCUUCUGCUGCUGCUUACUCUGGCGGGCUUGUUCACAGUUGAAUCGAAGACCUAUUGGCGGGAUGUUGAGGUUUUGAAAGAGCUUAAAAAUGGGCUUGACCCAGCCUCUGUUACUCCUGGCUCCUGCUUGAGCUCUUGGGACUUCUCUGUUGACCCUUGCGAUCAUUUAUUCAGUGAACGAUUUACUUGUGGGUUCAGGUGCGACCUUCUUGUCUCCGGCUUCAGUCGAGUCACUGAACUCAGUCUUGAUCAGGCUGGUUACACUGCUUCGCUUGCUAACAUUACUUGGAAUCUACCUUAUUUGGACACUUUAGACCUUUCGAGCAACAAUUUCUACGGCCAGAUUCCCGAGUCUUUUUCCAACCUUUCUCGUCUGAGUCGACUCGGCCUUUCAGGAAACUGGUUUUCUGGACAGAUACCCGUGUUCCUCGGCUCACUCGCUAACCUCGAGGAGCUAUACCUCGAUAACAACAUCCUUCAGGGUACAAUUCCUGCGACUUUGAAUGGUCUAAUUAGCUUAAAAAGGCUCGAAAUUCAAUCCAACAAGCUAUACGGUGAGUUUCCCGAGUUGGGUUCCCUGAAGAGCCUCUACCUUUUAGACGCUAGUGACAAUGCCAUAUCUGGUAAAGUCCCAGCUACGCUCCCAUCAUCUCUUGUUCAAAUCUCCAUGAGAAACAACAGCUUAGAAGGAACCAUCCCAGAAAGUUUCAGAAACCUGGGUUAUUUACAAGUAGUGGAUCUGAGUCACAAUAAACUGAGCGGCUCAGUCCCUUCUCUUCUCUUCAACCAUCCAUCUCUUCAACAGCUCACUCUCUCUUUCAAUUACUUCACCACCGUGCAAUCACUGGCACGGUUUGGUCCUCCGACAACAAUCCAGAGUGAGCUGAUUGCCGUUGAUAUGAGCAACAAUCAACUUCAAGGAUUUUUACCCUCGUUUCUGGCCUUAAUGCCAAAGCUCUCUGCAUUGUCACUAGAGAACAACAAAUUUACAGGGAUGAUACCAACCCAAUUCGCCAUUAAAACAGCGGUGCCCGGAUCAGGAUUCUUGGCGUUUCAGAGGCUGCUGCUUGGAGGGAACUACUUGUUUGGACCAAUACCGGUGCCGUUGAUGGAGCUGAAAGCAGGGAGUGUGGAUGUGAGACUGAAUGAUAACUGCUUGUACUGGUGUCCGGUUACAUUGUUUUUCUGUGAGGGUGGUGAUCAGAAAUCGUUAAUGGAGUGUAAAAGCUUUAACCCUUUUAUUCCCUAAGCAAAUCCAUGUAGAUGUAGUAGUUAUUGAUCUUGUGUCUUGCUCUUGUUAAUAAUUAAUAUGUCUAUUGCUCGCUU